AUGGAAAUUGAGAGGGUGAUUUUCUUCAUGCUCACAACUCAAACCCUGGCAUCAGAUCAUGAGCUGGUUGUCCAUCUGGAUUCUAUCAAUGCCACAGUUGGUGAAACUGUCAUUCUUCCAGCAACAUACAACAUCUCUCCUCCCUUCCAUGACUGGAAAUCCAUAGAGUGGAGAGCUGGAGAACAGACCAUUGUGUUCUACUCCUUAUUAAAUUGGACUCUUGAUGACCGAGGAUUGCCAACAUGGACCUCUGGAGAAUCUAGAAUCUGCCCCCUAUUUCAAGAACGAGUGGAAUUCUACUUUAUAAAUGGGUCCCUACUGCUCAAGAAUGUCCAAUUUAAUGACAGUGGGACAUACUAUGUUAGCUUGCACGGCUUUGAAAGUACAUUGAAGAAAAAUAUCAGUUUGAUGGUAAAGAAGAACACGCCAUGGAUUGGACAUGAGCUGGUUGUCCACCGAGAGUCUAUCAAUGCCAUCGUUGGCCAGACUGUCCUUCUCCUAGCAACCUACACCAUAUCUCCUGACUUCCACAAUGGGCCGUCCAUAAAGUGGAGUGCUGGACAUCAGACCAUUUUGCACUACUCCUUAGUCAAUGGAAGUUUCAACUCACAAGGCUCUCCUACAUGGUCUCUUGGGGAAACCAGAAUCUCUCCCAAGUUUCAAGGACGAGUGAAGUUGUAUCAUGAAAAUGGUUCAAUGUUGCUAAGAAAUAUCCAGCUUAAUGACAGUAUGACAUACUUUGUUAGUUUGCAUAGCUUUAAAAGUACAUUGAAGAAAGAAAUCCACAUGAUGGUAAAGAGGAACACUCCACCAAUUGAACUUGAAUUGUUUGUCCAUCUGGAUUCCAUCAAUGCCACAGUUGGUGAAACUGUUCUCCUGCCCGCAUCUUACACCAUCUCUCGUAACCUCCACAACUGGCCAUCCAUACAGUGGGAUUUUGGCAGUAAGAGCGUUUUGUACUACUCCUUAUAUAAUGUAACACUCAACUCUAAAGGCUUCCCUACUUGGCUCCUUGGGAAAACAAAAAUAUUUGAUGGGUAUGAAGGACGUGUGGAAUUCUACCAAAUGAAUGGGUCUCUACUGUUGAAGAACAUCCAGCUUAAUGACAGCGGGACAUACUAUGCUACAUUAAUGAGUUUUGAGAGAAUAUUGAGUAAAGAAAUCUAUGUGUCGGUACAGAACAACGUACAAGUAAUUGAUGGCGUCUCUGAAGGGAAGAAAUUCACCAUUUUUAUCACACGCAUCAUAUUAUGUUUCCUUCCAGUUAUUACACUUGUGUUUCUCAUGCAAUGUUGGACGUGACGCUCAUCGUGAACCCUGUGAAGUUUUAUUUAUGUGUAAAUUUCUAACCUAUGGAUACAAUUAUAUGCAGAUUAUAUCACUAGGGGUUAUAUCCUUAUAAAUCCUACAAAUGUUUUAAUUGUGUAUAAAUGUGUUUUAUAUCAAUAUUUAAAGAGACACAAAGGUCACGAAUUGACCCCCAUUUUUUUUAAUGCAAUACAUAUAUUAUUUCUUAUGAAAAUUAUGCAAAAAAUAAAUGUGUCACCUUCUAAAGAUGUUCCACUUACCCAGGCAAAUGGUGCAGAUGACAAACCCCAUCCUGACUAAGUAGAGGUUCCACCAAUCAAGAGGCUCUAAUUUCUAGCCUAUUAUUAUUUUAGAAUUUAUAUAGUGCCAACAAAUAAAUAAAUAAAACAAUAGGA